GCGUCACUUGUCCUGUACCGCCAUGUCCGGCACGACGGGUUCAGACUAAACUGGCUUAGGUUGUGCUUUGAUCCGUCGGCAUUAACCCAUCAUUGUGGCUUGUUGAACCCAUCAGAUGCGACGACGUGGCAUGGGAUGGAUGCGAUUGCAUUAUGAUGUACGUCAAGUCGAAGUGUCACAGCGUCGCCCCGUUCGGGCGAAUUUUUGUUUUGUUGCUUUUGCUUGUUGUGUGGUAGCCCCGGGUGGUACAGUAGCACCAAAAUGUUUAUGAACAAAGAACGUUCCAACGGUGGCUCAUGAUUGCAGCCCAAUUUUCGGCUCCGAACGUUUGGGUGUUUUCAUGGCUGAAAUCGAUCUUGAGACCGAACCAAGACAUGCGCAAUGAGAUUUAGCCACCGUGAAAAUGAUAAAAGAUUCGGAUUUGUGGUAAUGGUUAAGCACUAGUCUCGGUGGGGUUUUUGGGUGUCCGAAACUGCUGAACAGAGUGGAAUGUGCGCUGGAGAUCAACAAAGUCCCUGUAACGCCGGCAACUGCUUUGAUCCAUCCCAAAUGUUUUGAACACAAUCCAUCCUUCGUCAAGCCAUCGUCAACACCUGUUACUGAACCAUCCGCGCAAAGCAACCUGUCAACACAAGGAAAAAUUGAUGGGAAAGCCCUUUUAACUUUGUCACUUGACGCCUCUCAGACGCGUGGUUCACGGACAGUGCAUGUCGCUUUGGCAGGACAAACACCGAGCGGAUACCAUUCCAUUGCUUCCGACAGCAGGAAAGAGAAGAUCCAUACUGCUCAGUAGGUACACAGGAGCUCAAGAUCAUCGGGUGGUCACUUUGUUUUCGCCGCAUUCCGGGGCACUGUCAUUGUUUCCAACCGAGCAGUCAAGGCUCGACAGUUUCCCGGUAGUUGCCGUCAUACGAAGGGACGAAAGAGAUUGAGGGAACCAACCAGCCAGGGCCAGGGGAAAAGAAGCAGCUCGUCACGUUGAUCGUUCGUACCACCGCUUGCUUCCCCUCUUGUUGACGCCGCCCGGACCUAUUUUUGCCUGAAGUACGAGCAUCACGGACAUGUCACAACCCCCACCGUCUUCUGGUGCGAGCGAAGCGCAGAGACAGGCAGCAGGGCUAGGCACAACGCCGCUAUCAACACUCCCUCAGAAUCCCAAGAGGGCCGCCGAGCCCCAGUAUGGACGACGCUUUGACCCGUGGAACGCCGUGUCUCUCGGACAUCAACGCUCCGAGACGAAUGGCCCGCUCGGAUGGAGGGAGAGCCGUGCCGCCAAGCUGGGCGGCCAGUUCCGCGCUGGAUAUCGCGGCGGCGGCGGAGAGCGGAUGUCGGAUGCCGUUGGUCGGGGCAGCAAGGACUUUGACGAGAGUCUGGGCGUCGUCGUGGGCAAAGAUGACCGCGCUCGCGCAGCUUGCAGCGUUGUGGACAUGCUUAGGCGGCCAGGGGCCAUGAAGGAUGGUGGAGCUGUGGCUGGAAGACCUACUGCAACCUCAUCGUCGUCAUCACGAUCAGUAUUAUCAUCAUCUGCAGGAUACCCAAUAAUAGCACCAUUGCCGACGUUGGCAACAUCUGAGGACAAACCAUCAGAGACAGAUCUAUCAUCACCAUCCACAUACAUUUCACAAGUAAACACAGCCACGGAUAAACACACCGAGGCAAUUCAAAAGCAAGAAAACCACAAGUCCGAGAAGAAGCCGAGAGGCGGCAUAUUCGACGGUCUGGUCAUAUACGUGAACGGGAGUACACACCCACUCAUCUCAGAUCACAAGCUGAAGCAUGUGCUGGCGGAAAACGGCGCACGCAUGACCAUACACCUGGGCCGCCGUCAGGUCACACACGUCAUACUUGGACGCCCUGCUGCCUCCUCCGCCCCGAGUAAAGGUAUAUCCGGCGCGGGCGGGGGAUUGGCUGCCGGAAAACUCGAGAGGGAGAUCCGGAGGGUCGGCGGCUGCGGUGUCAAGUUUGUUGGCGUGGAAUGGAUACUCGAAAGCGUCAAGGCAGGACGGAGACUGCCCGAAGCUCGAUUCGCGGGCCUCAAAAUGGCAGCAGGUGGUCAGCAAAGCGUUUAUGACACAUUCUCGAGACCGAACCGGGCAGCCAGCUCAUCUACAGCACCUGGAAACACCACCAAAGAACCCAGCAGGUCGGGUUCGGCCGCUACAUCUGCAAGUCGGCCGGUGUGACGCCUGUGAAUGGGGCAAGGAUGGGGUCUUUCCCCAUCUCCUUGGCAUGCCGUGUUUUUGUAAUGAUAUAAAUGAACAUGAGCAAGAAAUGACAAGGGCGUGCGACCCGUGGUAAUACCGUACAAAGAAUGAUUGAUAAUCCUCGCGCCUUGGGAACUUUAGCGCGUUUUGCCCAGCUCGUUUCGGGCGCCAACGGUGGGGGAAACGAAGUUGGUCGUACUGGGACGGGCAAUGUUGUGGGCCUGCUACGAGGUCUUUGGAUAGAUUCUGUCACGCUGUUUUUGCCUUGUACGAGGUAGUACGGGCUCUCAACCCCUUUUUUUUCUUCCAGUGGUUGUUUGGGGAACGAUACUCUUCUUUUUUUUUCUGUUUUCUUGCAGUGUUAUACCACGGGCCAGCAUGUCUAGGAUUUAGAGGCGCAUCGGAAAGCGUGUUUGACGCUAGGAAAUGACUUGCAUGCCAUUGUGAUAUUGGCAAUUUGUAUUUCUUAAAUUUUUUUCGUUUAUUUUCUAGGGUGCACUGGUGUCCAAUGCCCCCUGGGACUCCUGAUAAAGUCGCGUGCUUCCGUAGACGGGGACCGCCGGUGCAAGGCUUGUCA